AAACUUGAAAGCUGUGGUAACUUUUAGGCAACGUUUAAAAAUGACGCUAACUGCACAACACUACGUAAAAAAAUCAGUUUUCAAAGCAACUCACUACGCGCUGCGCUAUAGCUAACACCAAUUUAAACUAAAAACAGCUUCGACAUUGAUCCAUCAUGUGGGCCAGAAAACGUUUGUUUGUAAUUAAGCACAAAGUUACACAUUGAGCUUCCUGUGAUCUGCCCACCACGGGUAUCGAAAUCCGGAUUUUAGUGUUGUAAUUCCGCAGACAUACCACUGUGUGGGGGCGCCAGAAAACGACUAUCUAUCGUCUUAAAUUAACUAGGCCCAGCAUGGCCAGAUGAUUGGGGCGCUCCUCUCGCAAUCUGCAGGUUGUGGGUUCGAGUCCCAGUAAAACAAAACAUGAUCACCCCUUUAGUCGCGGGGGCGUUAUAUAAUGUAACGGUAAAUCCUGCUAUUCGUUGGUAAAAGAUUUGGCGGUGGAUGGUGGUGACUAGCUGCCUUCCCUCUAGUCAUAUACUGCUAAAUUAGGGACGGCUAGCGCAGAUAGCACUCGUGUAGCUUUGCGCGAAAUUAAAAAAACAACAACACAUAAAUUAAGUAUCUUCUUCGAUCCUGGUAUCUCUGAUUCAUAAGAAAACUUGACGUCAAAUUUUUAGAACUUUCCAGACUUAUAUAAUUAAAUAUUUCUAUUGCCCCCUAGUGAUACAGCGAUAGGUCUGCGGACUUAUUACCCCCUAGCACAUCACAGCUAGCCUAUUGUGUAGCUUUGCGCUUAACUAGCAUAACAAAUUGAUAGUUUUUAAACAUAAGGCAUUCAGAUUUCAAGAUAAACAUACUGUACUCUUUAACUUGGUAUAUGUAAUAAACUUUCAAAAGGGAUGCAGUUCAAUGUCCAACAGUCUCUCAAGGUACAGGACUACAAAUGUCUCACUGGAAUCUGACGAGAUUGUCAUUCUAGAACAGAGAAGACAGUGUUUCUCAGUCUGUUUAUAACUGUGAUAACUUUCUUGUAGUUCUUCCAGAAAAGAGUCUUCUCCAGAUGACUUCACAAGCUUGCACAAGACAAUGGGAUAAAAAAGUUAAAUUUGGAAACUCUUUCAUUACACGGCUUUUCACCAUACCUGUAGAACAAAAAAAAUGCCAAGGGAUUAGCUGUUAUUGUGUUAGUGAAAAGAGAGAACUGAAGAAGAUUUGUAAAGAUAUCAUGAAGAAGACUGGUGUUCAUAUUGAGGUUAGCUCAUUAAACAACCAGAAUUUAAUGAUUGUAGUGAUGGGCAAAGAUGAUGCUGUGCUGAGAGCUCAGCAAAAAUUUGUGAAUAAGCUAAAACCUCAGGAAAAAAAGGCAAAAAACUCAUCAAACUUGAACGAGGCACCAAAUACUAAGAUUUCUGUUCCCAGACCUUUAAAUCACUCGGACGUUAUCAAAAUCAGUGGGACUAAAGAAGACAUUGAAAAGGCUGCAUGUGAAAUUCAAGUUAUUAUUGAUAAAAAAACAGGUGUGUCAGUUGAAGUGCCUUCCUUACAUAGUCCAUCUGAAACUACCUUCUUGCGAAGAUAUCAAGAGAAAUUAGGACCUGGACCAUCUCAUUUAUUUGAAGAGGCUAGUAAGGUGAUAGUGGCUGAAGUGAGUGCACCUAGUUGGCUUCAUAAAUAUAUCAUAGGAAGGAAGGGAGCAAGUAUCAAACAUGUGAUUCAAGACUUCCCUAUGGUUCUUGUAGAGUUCAACAACAGGGCAAGCAAAAUCAAGUUGGAAGGACCCCAGUGUGAACUUGAGAGAGCUAGUAAGACUUUGGAAAAUAUGAUCGCAGACUUAAAGGCAUCCUUUACGUAUGAAGAAAUUCAUGUGAAUCCACAUUACUACAGGCAUGUGGCAGAGAAAUAUAGAGACAAUGUAUAUGGGCUACAGAAUGAAACUCUAAUCAUGGCUCACAUUUCCUCUGAUUCUGAGCAAAGAAGCCUCAUCAGGAUAGAAGGAAAUCUUGCUGAUGUGACACGUGUAAAGCAGGAGCUUCAGGAAAUGGUUCAUAAAAUGAACAAAGAAAUUACAAAAGAGUGUAUGAUUGAUAAGAGGUUUCAUGAUAAUAUUAUUGGUUCCAAAGGCGAAAAAGUUAAAAAUAUUAGAGACAAGUUUAACCAGGUGAAUAUCGAGCUUCCAGAACAAGGUAUUAAGAGUGGUAAAGUAAGGAUCAGAGGUUGUAAAGAAGAUGUUGAGAACUGCUACCAAUACCUUGUUCAACUGAAUCAAGACUUGUUGGCAAACAAUUAUUGUCAUAAAUUCCAGGUUUACAGCCAGUUCCUGAAGUAUAUAAUUGAUAAAGGAAGGUCUGAAAUUUGGAAAAUUGAAACUGAAACAGAGACCAAAAUUGUACUGCCUCCAGAGAAUAGUAAAACUAAUACUUUAAUCAUUAUUGGCAGAAAAGAAAAUGUUAUGGCAUCAGAAAAACGUAUUACAUCUCUUCAGGAUGAAUUGGGAAAUGUAGAAGAUGUGGACGUUAUCAUCCCAGCCAUAUUUCAUCAAUCUAUUAUUGGUAUCAAAGGCCAACAGAUCCGUUCUAUUUCAGCUAACUGUGGGUAUGUAAGAAUUGUAUUUCCACGAAGAGGUUCUAUAAAGGACAAAUUCAUUCUCAGAGGUCCAAAAGAGGAUGUUGACAAAGCUAAACAUCAGCUGACGGAGCUAUUACAGAAAAAACAACAAUUUAGAUUCACAGUAGAACUGAAAGCUAGACCUGAGUACCACAAGUUCUUAAUUGGAGUAAAAGGGGCUAAUGUUAAGAAGGUGCGACAAAAGACGGGGGCACGAAUUGUUUUUCCGACAAACAGUGAUGAGGAUAAAGAAACAAUCACGAUCACUGGCCACAAGGAGGCAGCAAUGGAAGCCAAAAAGAUACUUGAAGACAUGAUGGAAGAUUUAGUGUUACGUAGUUUUCAGUUGAACAAGAGAGUUAGUCACAACCAUUACAGACACAUCAUUCAUCUGAAAGGGUCUGUGAUAUCCAGAAUCGAACAAACACAUAAGGUGCACAUACACAUUCCGAAAAAAGAUCCAGACAACAGAAUCCUCACCAUUACUGGAUAUGAGCAGUGUGCUGAAGCUGCCAUGCAAGAUAUUUAUAAGAUUAUUUGCAGACGUGAAGAGAUGGUUACAGAGGAAGUAUAUAUUAACUAUCGCUUUCAUUUUCUACUGAUUGGCACCAGAAGGUGCAUCAAGGCGAAAAUAAUGGAUCGAUUUAAUGUAGAUCUCGAGUUUGGUAGCAUCACUGACUUGAAUCCUAAUGUGGUUACAAUAAUAGGAAUGAAAGAUAAUGUGAAAAAUUGUAAGGAUUACUUGCUGAACUUCAGAGAAAAGUAUAUUGUAAAAAGAAGGCGCAAUGAAAAAAUGAUUAUGGGUCGCUAUCAGUCUUCAUCAUCUUCAGUCCAAUUUCCUUUUAACAUAGAAUUCAAUUCUGAAAACACAGGAACAACGAAUAAUACAGAAGAUUUAGAAAAUACCUUUAUGAAUGUAGAAGAACAAUGUAACACAGUUACAGGACAUGUCAUGAAUGAGAUAUGAGCAAAUAUACAACACCGUAUAUGUCCUGUG